AUGGCUGACCAAAGUGAACAGUUGAUGCAGCAGAUAUGUGUCUGGUGUCUCUGCCCUGUGGAUCCACACAAUGUAACUGGGGCUGUGGUAUUCAUCCUGUUGGGAUUCUCAAAUGAUCCACAAGUUCAGCCUCUUCUCUUCUGCCUCUUUCUGUCUAUGUACCUGGUCAGCAUCACAGGGAACCUGCUCAUCAUCCUGACUGUCACCUUUGACCCCUACCUGCACACCCCCAUGUACUUCUUCCUCUCCAUCCUUUCCACUGCUGAUAUUGGCUUAAUCUCCACCACCCUCCCAAAGGUGAUCUGGAACAUUCACACUCUGAGUAAAACCAUCUCUCAUGAAGGAUGUCUGAUAUAGUUGUCAUUUUUGUACGCUUUUGGUUAUUUGGACAAUUCACUUCUAGCUAUAAUGGCAUAUGAUCGCUUUGUGGCCAUCUGUCACCCUCUGCACUACACAGUCAUCAUGAACUUCUGGUUCUGUAGCUUGCUGCUUCUGCUGUCUGUUUGUUUUAGCCUGUUGGAGUCCCAGCUGCAUUUCCUGAUGAUAUCAAUGCUUACCUUCUGCACCCAUGUGGAAAUUCCUAAUUUUUUCUGUGACCCCCCUCAACUCAUCAGACUUGCCUGUGGAGACACCUCCACUGAUAAAUUACUCCAAUAUUUUAUCGCUGCUGUCUUUGCUGGUGUGCCAGUCUCGGGGAUCCUGUACUCUUACUCCAGAAUCAUAUCCGCUGUUUUGAGGAUCGCAUCCACAGGUGGGAGGUAUAAAGCCUUCUCCACCUGUGGCUCUCAUUUGACUGUUGUUUGCUUAUUUUAUGGAACAGGUAUUGGGGUGUACCUCAGCUCAAUUGUAUUCCAUUCACCCAGCAAUGUGGCAGUGUUUUCCUUGGUCUAUACAACUAUUGUUCCUAUGCUGAACCCCUUUAUCUACAGUAUGCGAAACAAAGAUAUCAAGAUGGCUUACCAAAAGCUUCUCAGUAGAAGACUCUAA